GGCUGAUCGGAUCGAUCACGUGUCCAGGCGUCUUUUGCGGGGGCCAAAGUGCGCGCGGAACCCCUGCCGCUAAGACAGGGGUCGACGAAGCAAUUAGAAACGCUGCGUCAGGCCCCCUGGCUUCGAUUACUCUUACUGCUCACCAACGUGCCGUACCACUCCACCGCUACGAACCUUCAACUAUCGCAACGCCGAACCUCGAUAUUCCGCCAUAAGAUCUUCAUAUCUUCGAAAGAAAACCACAUAGGCUGCUUCGGUCUAGUCAAAGAUGUCAACCGCCGCCCGCCGCCGCCUAAUGCGCGACUUUAAGCGCAUGCAAACGGAUCCUCCAGCCGGUGUCUCUGCAUCACCAGUACCCGACAAUGUCAUGACAUGGUUAUGGCUUCAACUCAGGAACGCUGUAAUCAUCGGACCCGGCGAUACUCCCUUCGAGGACGGAACAUUUCGCCUAGUCAUGCAUUUCGAAGAGCAAUACCCCAACAAACCUCCGUCAGUAAAAUUCAUCAGCCAAAUGUUCCAUCCAAACGUUUACGCCACGGGGGAGCUUUGCUUGGACAUUCUACAAAACCGAUGGAGUCCAACGUACGACGUUGCUGCUAUUUUGACCAGUAUUCAGAGUUUACUCAACGACCCGAAUACCGGUUCACCGGCAAACGUCGAAGCCUCGAAUCUCUACAAAGACAAUCGCAAGGAGUACAUCAAGAGGGUUAGAGAGACGGUGGAGAAGAGCUGGGAGGGAGACGACGAAUGAGCCCAUGUAGAACAUGAAGAGCUAACGGGUUUCGGACACGAGGACUUGCUUUUUCUGAUGAUUUGGCCACAUGGCCAGGCAAUACUUGGUACAGGAGCAGGCAUGCGGUUGGAUUCGGGAUGGCAUUUGGCAUUUGGUUCACAGGCCCUUUUGAGCUUGGUGCAGACUACUUUUUUGAGCACAUGGUUUUGGCGUUCCGGUGUUUUUUUUUUCUCUUUCUUGGGUGGCGUAAGGUUUUUGAAGUUUCCCCUUUAGUGCUGGUUCUAUACCUGUUAGGAGGAAUACUAUGAACAGCAUUCCACGUACGGCUUAAGUCCACCGGUGUUUGCACCGUAAACGGGUGAGGAUGGUGAUUUAGGAGCGACCAAUAUAUGAGACGAUACGAUACCGAUGGCCCGGAUACGCUUAAUUUAUUUGUGCUGGCGUUGAUCGUCAUGAGGGG